AUGCCGUAUCUGCUGCAAUUGAGCGUUGAACUUCAGGCCCGGGGGUUCAAAGCUGACAUGUUUGUCGCGGAGUACGACCUCGCCCCAGAGUAUCCCUACCCAGGUGCUCUUAGGCAGGUCGUCUCAGCAUAUCGAUACAUCGCCAGUCGGAAUAGACCCAUCAUCCUGGCUGGUGACUCAGCCGGGGGCAAUCUCUGUCUUGGACUACUUCGACACUUGGUCAAGCCCCACCCGAGUAUUCCACCACUGACUGAGACUCAGGGGGAAACGGGAAGUGUCGUGGCAUCUUGCCUGAACAGUCCGUGGGUCAAUCUGCAAAACAAUGGGGAAUCAUAUCGGCAGAACGCGAACCAGGAUUGUCUCGACAAGGGCGCUCUCGACCGUUGGCGGAAGGCAUAUCUAGAUGGGAAGCCCUUGGAUGAGUACGCGAAUCCUAUCGAUUGCUUAGAUGGGUGGAAGGAGGUUCUGCCCCAGAACACGCUCUUGGUAGCCGGCGACCUCGAGCUCUUUGUCGCCGACAUACAAAAGCUGGCUCAGAAUGUCCUCAAAUUAAGUCUUCCCACCCUGCGUCUUCGGUGACUUUGAAACUGACCAUUAUAGCAGAGCGGCUAUAAUGGCCUUGAAAUGCACGUCGAGCCUAAGAAAGGGCAUGUCUGGAGUCUGGUUGACUUUGGUGGUACACAGCCUGGGCUACCAGCGGCUCGGGGUGGACAAGAGGAAGCUCACGCGUAUUCCGGCAUUCACUUACAGGCUGACUGGAUAGUUGACCGAUGUGGAGUCUGAGAUGAGGAAGACAGUCUACUUUUUGUUUGUUUAUUGGAAUCGUGUGUAUUUUGAACAACGUUGUGCAACAAUCGAUACGAAUUAAGCAUUGA